AUGCACUAGCGGGUGAUGCAGGAGACAACAACGAGUGUAGGGUCGGCGGCGCCGCAGCAGCAGCAGCAGCAGCUGCAGGUGGCGGCGCCGCGGCGGCUGUCCGGGCAGCCGCCGCCGAUGCUGCGCUUCAAGAUGUCCUCGAUGGAGGAGGAGAACAUGCUGGAGCGGCUGCGGCUGGCGCUGCUGCGCGAGUGCACCGCGCGCCUCACCGCCGAGAACACGCCGCGCAUCACCAGGGACGCCUUCCGCAGGGCCUUCCUCGAAAGGGAUUUGCUCGAGCGGCUCUUCAGGUUAUUUGAUCACGACCGGGACAACCUAUUGCAACAAGAAGAGUGGGUGGAAUUUCUCAAAGCCAGGUUGACAGAUGAGAAGCAGGUGGAUUUCGCCGAGCAGGUCGAGAGCGUGGCUUACGUCUUGUGCGGAGAUGACCCAAUUACGCUGGAAAAGUUCUGCGAGAUAUUCAACGCCAAAGGGGUGCUAGAUAAACUUUACCGGCUGGUGGACCUCGACUCGGACGGAGUUGUCACUCCCGAGCAAGUAAUCGAGUUCAUUUCAAACAUCAGCAGUCCUCGGCCCUUGGCCGGUUUCGACGCCGCGAGCCUCGAGUGGCUGGAGCAACUUUUUAGGCAAACGGUCGGCGACCAGAAUGAAAUCAGGCGCGAUGACUUCAAAAAGAUCGUCAUUUCUAAAAACCCCUUUUUCACGGAGAGGGUUUUCCAAAUUUUCGACAAGGACAACUCGGGCACAAUUUCCCUGCAGGAGUUCAUCGACGCGAUGCACCAGUUUGCAGGCCAGAGCACCGGUGACAAAAUCAGGUUUCUCUUCAAAGUUUACGACCUGGACGGCGACGGACUCAUCCAACACAAAGAGCUGCAGCACGUAAUGCGAGCGUGCAUGGAGGAGAACGGAAUGAAAUUCAGCGAGGAGCAAGUCGAAGACCUGACCAUGGCGUUGUUUGAGGACGCGGACGUCGAAAUCAGAGGCGCCAUCACUUUCGAGGCGCUCAAAGCUCAACUGGAAAAGCACGACGGAUUGCUGGAAAACCUCACCAUCAGCAUCGACCGAUGGCUCGUCCCGCCAAAGCCCAAACCAACCCCGAAAUCAAUUUGGGGAAAAUUUCUUGCAAUGAGACCUUAUCAGCUCAGCCUACCCUACAUGAAAAAUAAUUAUGUCUACCUUGUCUUCCUCGCCGUCUUUCUUUUAGUGAAUAUAGGACUCUUUAUUUCUCGAGCCAUCCAAUACCGGAAAUCGAACUGGUACACAAUUUUGGCAAGAGCUUGUGGUCAAUGUUUGAACUUCGACUGUAUGUUUGUGUUGGUGCUGAUGCUUCGGCAGAGCAUCACGUUUUUGCGAACGCGCGGCUGGAGCGUAAUUCUGCCGCUUGACCAGCACAUUUACUUCCACAAACUGACUGGCGUGUUCAUAUUUGUCUUCAGCGUCGUGCACACAAUCAUGCACCUCAUCAAUUUCACGACCAUCAUUCCUAACGAUCCGGUCAUCAAUGCUGCCAAUUACACGGUGCCCGAGUGGCUGUUCACAAUGAACCCAGGCCUGUUCGGCUUGAUUCCUGGUAUUGCCAAUCCCACUGGAAUAGCCCUGUUUGUCAUUCUGAUGAUCAUGUUCAUCUGCUCGCAACCGUUUGUUCGGCGCGGAGGAUGCUUUGAGAUUUUCUAUUGGACCCACUUGUUGUACAUUCCCUUCUGGAUUUUGUGCCUCCUCCACGGUCCGAAUUUCUGGAAGUGGUUCUGCAUUCCGGGGGCCAUCUACAUCAUCGAAAGGGUGGUGCGAUUCGUCAACAUGCAGACGCAACACGGGCAGACCUACAUCAGUUCCGGCAUCCUGCUGCCCUCCAAGGUGACCCACCUGGUCAUCAAGCGUCCGCCCCACUUCGUCUUCCACCCCGGCGAUUACGUUUUCGUCAACGUUCCGGCGAUCGCCAAGUACGAGUCGCACCCCUUCACCAUCAGCAGCGCGCCGGAGCAGGGAGACACGAUCUGGCUGCACAUCCGCGGCGUCGGCCAAUGGACCAACAGGCUGUACGAGUACUUUGAGCAGGAGCAAGAGCGACUCCACUCGGAGGAGCAGCAACAGCCCAUGCCGCAAAUCGUGGAAUCAUCCAAGCCGGGGGCAAUCAAAAUGCAAGCGUCGAUUAAGCAAAAGUUCAAGGACAGGGACCGCAUCGUCGGCUUCAGGGGCGACGGCGGCGGUUUUGUCAACGAGAGCUUUGACAUCGCGGACGAGACGAAUGCCAAGCCCAAGGAGAACCUGCCGCGCCAGACGUCGCUCGGAGAACCAACUUCAGUUGGGAAAAUUGUUCUUGAGCGGAAGAUCCAGUCGCUCACGAAUGGCUCCAGCGGGAGCAAAACUUUGGAAAAGUCACUGUCCAUGCCGGACAUGCAGACGCGAAUCAAGAAGAGGCAACGCGUCCUUGCAUUGCGCGAGUUUGCCCGGUCGGAGAGCGAACGGAGUUUUAACGAGGCGCAGGUGAGGCGCGCCCGGCUCCAGUCGCUGGGCCUCGCGUACCUCAGCCCCCAAAACCGCACUGUCGCUCAAAGCUUCCGCUACAUGCGCCACAAACCCACGAUAAUCGCCUUCAAAACACCCAGCAUGGAGGAGGCGGCCGCGGAGGCGGAGCUCGAGGCCGCGACGGCCGUGACCGCAGACGAGCGGCCCACGGCGGCCACGGUCGAGGAGGGCCGCCGGCCGCAGGCCUUCGCGCAGACCAACGUGCUCAACCUGAAGCGCGGCUCCCUCACGCCGGCCCAGUUCCCCAUCGGAAAACCGCUCGAGAUCAUAAUCGACGGCCCGUACGGCGCCCCAUCGAGCCACAUCUUCCGCGCCCAGCACGCGGUGCUCAUUGGAACUGGCAUCGGCGUCACGCCGUUCGCCUCCAUCCUGCAGAGCAUCAUGCACCGCUACUGGAAGGCCAGGCACCAGUGCCCACGCUGCGAGUUCUCCUGGGCCUCCGACAUUCCCGCCACCGUCAUGAACCUCAGAAAGGUCGAUUUCUUCUGGAUCAACCGAGACCAACGAUCUUUCGAGUGGUUUGUAAAUUUGCUGUCUCAGCUGGAAAUCGAGCAAGCCGAGUUGGGCGGUGCCAUGGAACGAUUCCUCGAGAUGCACAUGUACAUCACAAGCGCCCUGCAGAAGACGGACAUGAAGGCUGUCGGUCUGCAACUCGCCCUAGACCUGCUGCACCAAAAGGAAAAACGUGACUUGAUCACCGGAUUGAAAACUCGGACCAACGCCGGUCGACCGAACUGGGACAAAGUUUUGAAGCAGAUCCAGGACCAGAAGAAGGGCAAAGUGACCGUUUUCUACUGUGGGCCGCCGCAGCUGGCGCGCACCCUUCGCGUCAAGUGCGACCAGUUCGGAUUCAACUUCCGCAAGGAGUGCUUCUAAGAGAGAUUCAGACUCAGUUUUAAGUGUUUACUUUCAGAAUAUAAGUUACCAUCGAUAAGAGGCUUAGCUUUAAUCUGCAACUAAUUGAUCAAUUCCAAUGUCUUGCCGUUGAGAUUCUAUAAUUCGCAAUUAAUAACAGAGUGAAAUUAAAAUUUUAUGAGAAAAUUGAAAACCAAUCUCACGGGGUGAGAUCUUGGCUCGGGUGGUGGUGGUGGGUUUCAUAGAAAUUUUUGCUUUGUUAUCAAAAACGAAAGAGGUCUGUGAUAUUUUUGACGAAAUGCUAUUUUUGAUUGAAAGAUUUUGCUGUUAUAGAGAAAAACUGUUCGUUUUUUAAAACUUUUUAAUUUUUGUGACUUUUUACACUACUUAAUUGUUCUUGAAACGCAAGCGUUGUCCUAUUUAUUUUUAAUACGUGCCAAGGUAGCUGUCAAUUCUAGGCACCGUGUCUUGUAUUAACUGCUUUAAUGUGUAAAAAAAACUAUUUAUCAAGCUGAAUAAUGUGAGCCUUCCCUGUGCCUUACGUUUUACUGAAAAAGCAUCAAUAUAUUUUAAGAUACAUCACUAUUUAAUCAAACAAUCGUCUCUUCUAUUAAUAAAAUUAAUUUAAUGUCACUGCUGCCCAUAAUAAAAUCUGUAAAUUUAAUACAUUAUACACUAUUUUGAAAACUCUGAGUAAAAUCGCUCAGAUUCUAAUUUAUUGAUUAAUUGAUAUGAUUGAUUUUUUUCAAAAUGCAUGCUAUGAUCAAUAAUUUUUAAUAUCAAUUAAAAAACUUGAAAAAUGAAUUGAUUUCAAAAGCAUUUUAUAUAAUGGUUUAAGUUCACCUUCUGUAAAAACUAAAUCAAUAAACAUUUGAUUUAAAUAUAAGUGACGAAAUUCUAGAUUUUAAUCCCCUCGCUAUAUUAUUGCCGUUUUCAAAGAGAGAAUGUGUUUUGAAAAGCGCCGAGUGACCUUGAUGAUCGAAUUAAGUUGCUAUUAGAAUUAUUUUUUAAUUUGAAAAC